GUCUGAUCCGUCUCUUGGCCCUCGUCUUUGCCCUGGUGGCCACAUGGCUCUUCCUUCGCAGCUACAUGAACCUCAGCAAGAAAACUAUCCGUCUGCCACGCUGGCUGGGCUUGGCUCCCAAGAAGACUGAGGUGGAGAAGACCAAGUGUGGUCUCAGCAAGCCCUGUCCAGCCAACUUCUUUGCCUUUAAAAUCUCCAGUGGAGCCGCCAACGUCGUGGGUCCCACCUUAUGCUUUGAAAAUGAGAUGAUCAUGAGUCCUGUGAAAAACAAUGUGGGCAGAGGCCUGAACAUCGCCCUGGUGAAUGGAUCCACGGGACACCUGCUGAGAAAGGACUCUUUUGACAUGUACUCCGGAGAUGUCAAGCUCCUGGUGAAAUUCCUUGUAGAAAUUCCAGAGGGCAUGCUAGUGCUGGUGGCCUCCUAUGAUGACCCUGGGACCAAAAUGAAUGAUGAAAUCAGGAAGCUCUUCACCAACCUGGGGAGUUCCUAUGCCACACAGCUAGGCUUCCGGGACAGUUGGGUCUUCUUAGGGGCCAAAGACAUCAAGAGCAAAAGCCCCUUUGAGCAGUUCUUAAAGAACAACCCAGACACAAACAAGUACGAGGGAUGGCCAGAGCUACUGGAGAUGGAGGGCUGUGUACCCCAGAAG